AAAAUACACUCUUGAUGCCUUCUCCAGUGUCUCCUCUAUCUGAUGAAGGAAAAAGACCAGCCAUGCAGACAGUUCAGGGUGGGGUGUCCUUUGAAGACGUGGCUGUGCAUUUCACCCAAGGGGAAUGGAGCUUGCUGAGCCCUUCCCAUAGAGCUCUGUACAAGGAAGUCAUGCUGGAGAAUUUUGGGAACGUGGCCUCUCUGCGACCUCACGUUGCCAAGCCGGACCUCAUCUCCUGGCUGGAAGAGGAGGAGGAGGAGCUGUUUCCCCUGAUCUCUCAUGAAGAGGAGGGAUUGGCAGCAGGAGGCCUGUGGAAGUCACGGAAUGAAACGGAAGAGUAUCUGGUGACUAACGAAGAAACGUAUGCAUAUGUGAAAGAGAGCUUUAAAUACAAUGAUGCCCUGGUGAAGCAGAAGGGAAAUCACCUAUCUAAAAAGAAUAAUUUUGACCUUUUGCUGCAAAAUGACUCUCAAGUGAAAAACAUAUAUGAAGGAGAAAAACGUACUGAGUGCGCUUCUUCCAGAGAAAAUAAGAAGAAAAUAUAUAAAUGCCUGGAAUGUAGUAAAUGCUUCAGUCAGAGUGGAAAACUUGCUGUCCAUCAAAGAAUUCACACUGGGGAAAAACCAUAUAAAUGUUCGGAGUGUGGGGAAAGCUUCAGUGAGAAUGGAAACCUUUCUUCCCAUCAAAGAAUUCACACAGGGGAGAAACCAUAUAAAUGCCUGGAGUGUGGAAAAAGGUUCAAUCGGAAUGGAAAUCUUGCUAACCAUCAAAGAAUUCACACAGGUGAGAAACCAUAUAAAUGCCUGGAGUGUGGGAAAAGCUUCAGUGAGCCUGGAAACCUUUCUUCCCAUCAAAGAAUUCACACUGGGGAAAAACCGUAUAAAUGCCUGGAGUGUGGGAAAAGCUUCAGGGAGACUGGAAACCUUUCUUCCCAUCAAAGAAUUCACACAGGGGAGAAACCAUAUAAAUGCCUGGAGUGUGGGAAAAGCUUCAAUCGGAGUGGAACUCUUACUAACCAUCAAAGAAUUCACACAGGGGAGAAACCAUAUAAAUGCCUGGAGUGUGGGGAAAGCUUCUAUCUGAGUCGAGACCUUACUGUCCAUCAAAGAAUUCACACAGGUGAGAAACCAUAUAAAUGCCUGGAUUGUGGAAAAAGCUUCAGGCUGAGUGGCAGGCUUACUAACCAUCGAAGAGUUCAUACAGGGGAGAAACCAUAUAAAUGCCCGGAGUGUGGGAAAAGCUUCAGUGAGAGUGGAAACCUUUCUUCCCAUCAAAGAAUUCAUACAGGGGAGAAACCAUAUAAAUGCCUGCAGUGUGGAAAAAGCUUCAGUCAGAAUGGAAGUCUUACUGUCCAUCAAGGAAUUCACACAGGGGAGAGACCAUAUAAAUGUCUGGAGUGUGGGGAAAGCUUUUAUGUGAGUCAAGAACUUAUUGUCCAUCAAAGAAUUCACACAGGGGAGAAACCAUAUAAAUGCCUGCAGUGUGGAAAAAGGUUCAGGCAGAGUAGCAAUCUUACUGCCCAUCAAAGAAUUCACACAGGGGAGAAACCAUAUACAUGCCUGCAGUGUGGAAAAAGCUUCAGGCAGAGUAGCAGUCUUACUAGCCAUAAAAGAAUUCACGCAGGGGAGAAACCGUAUAAAUGUCUGGAGUGUGGAAAAAGCUUCCGAGGGGGGGCCGAUCUUAUUGUCCAUCAAAUAAUUCACACAGGGGAGAAACCAUAUAAAUGCCUGGAAUGUGGAAAAGGCUUCAAGCAGAGUGGAAGACUUGCUAUCCAUCAAAGAAUUCACACAGGAGAAAAACCAUAUAAAUGCUUAAAGUGUGGGAAAAGCUUCAGUCAGGGUGGAAGUCUUACUGUCCAUCAAAGAAUUCACACAGGGGAGAAACCAUAUAAAUGCUUGGAGUGUGGGAAAAGCUUCACUUGGGGUGGAAAUCUUACUGCCCAUCAAAGAAUUCACACAGAGGAGAAGCCAUAUAAAUGUAUGGAGUGUGGGAAAAGGUUCAGGCAGGGUGGAAGUCUUACUGUCCAUCAAAGAAUUCACACCGAGGAGAAACCAUACAAAUGCCUGGAGUGUGGGAAAAGCUUCAAUCAGAGUGCAAAACUCACUGUGCAUCAAAACAUUCAUACAGAGGAGAAACUAUGUAAAUGUCUGGAGUGUGGAAAAAGCUUCAUUCAAAGUGGAAGACUUGCUAUCCAUCAAAGAAUUCACACAGGGGAGAAACCAUAUAAAUGUGUGGAGUGUGGGAAAAGCUUCAAUUGGGGUGGAAGUCUUACUGUCCAUCAAAAAAUUCACACAGGGGAGAAACCAUAUAAAUGCCUGGAAUGUGGAAAAGGCUUCAACCAGAGUGGAAGACUUGCUAUCCAUCAAAGGAUUCACACAGGAGAAAAACCAUAUAAAUGCUUGAAGUGUGGGAAAAGCUUCAGUCAGAGUGGAAGUCUUACUGUCCAUCAAAGAAUUCACACAGGGGAGAAACCAUAUAAAUGUCCGGAGUGUGGGAAAAGCUUCCGUCAGAGUGGAAAAUUCACUGUCCAUCAACAAAUUCACACAGAGAAGAAACUAUAUAAAUGUCUGGAGUGCGGAAAAAGGUUCAUUCAGAGUGAAAGAUUUGCUGUCCAUCAAAGAAUUCACACAGGGGAGAAACCAUAUAAAUGCAUGGAAUGUGGGAAAGGCUUCAACCAGAGUGGAAGACUUGCUAUCCAUCAAAGAAUUCACACAGGAGAAAAACCAUAUAAAUGCUUGAAGUGUGGGAAAAGCUUCAGUCAGGGUGGAAGUCUUACUGUCCAUCAAAGAAUUCACACAGGGGAGAAACCAUAUAAAUGCUUGGAGUGUGGGAAAAGUUUCACUUGGGGUGGAAAUCUUACUGUCCAUCAAAGAAUUCACACAGGGGAAAAACCAUAUAAAUGUAUGGAGUGUAGAAAAAGCUUCAGUGAGAGUGGAAAACUCACUGUCCAUCAAAGAAUUCACACAGAGGAGAAACCAUAUUAAUGCCUGCAGUGUGGGAAAAGGUUCAGGCAGGGCGGAAGUCUUACUGUCCAU